CCUCGUUCCCCUUCCUCACACGGACAGCCGAAACGGGAUAAUCCGGAUGCGCCCGCGCGACUAGUCUCGAAGCUUCCGCUCGGAGCCAGGGUUAGGGUUUCGCCCCCGCCGGUCGUCUGCCCCAGGCACCCCAGCCAUGUCCGGGCGCGAGGUCCGCGAGUACACCAAUCUCAGCGACCCCAAAGAUAGGAAGUUUGGGAAGGGGAAGGACAAGAUCGAUGAUGAGGACAUCACCUUCCAGCGCAUGGUUGCAAAGAUGCAAGAAGUUGCUGGUGAGAGGGGAGGCUACCUUCAUGGACGAGGAGCAUUGGAUAGCGAUGAUUUGCUUUACCUGAAAGAGCAAAUGGAAGCUGAGGAAGAUGCAGAGCGUCUUCUCCGUCGUACGGAGAAGCGGGCAUUUGCUGCCUUUAAGAAAGCAGCAAUCUUAGCUGAUUCUACACCUGCUGUCCCAGUGGCUCUUCGUGUUGAACCUAAGCCUAAAAGUGAUAUAAGGCAACAGGAUCUCUUGAAGCACAUUGUUGGGAUCAAACCAAAGCGGCCAAAAGUUAGCAGCCCUUCACAGCCAGCAGAUAGCAAUAAGACUAAUCAAUGUGAAGAAGAUUCUGUCAGCAAGUUAUCUUCAUCGCAGAAUCAAUUGGAACCACCUUUGGGUGAGAAGGGAUCAUCUCAUGGGACUGUCAAUGCUGAGUAUACAGUGCCAAGGCCAGAUGAGCCAUCGGUGGCUAAGCAACAGAACACAGCUGGAAGCUUGCUUGGUUUAGCUUACGAGAGUUCAGAUGAAGAAUAGUCUCAUUUAGGAUGUGUAAAGUUUCCAACCGUGGGAACUGAACUGUUUCCUGUGAGAUUUCUGCAUUCUAAACAAGUCGCAGAAGUAAUCUCUAAGGCCACAUGUAGAUUGUAUAUUAGGUUUUUUGUACUGUUAUUGGGCUAUGCUUUGCACCAGGAUUCAAUGAAAAGCUGCUUUAGUGUUGCUGCUA